CAGGAGGGUAGGCCCCAUCACUCGGGGCCUUACCGCAGUCUGAGCGAACGCGGUUACUCCUCUUCCUCGUACUCGUCGUCUCAGUACGGCUCAUACUCGGGCUACAGCAACGUCCUGGUGACCGGCGAUCAGUACCAGCCGUAUCAGCAACAGUCCGGGGGUAAUUACUAUCAGCAGCUGCAGGGCGGCUACUACUCACCGCAGAGUUCCGGACCUCCUUUCCCGGGUGUGCAGAGAUACGGUAGUCUAGCUGAAGAGUCAUGGUCGUCGUGCUCUACCAAAGGAGACGUUCCGGUGGGAGUCUCGAAGACUAAUCAUAGGACUUACUUAGCUUAACUUUCUGUCGCAACAUUGAAGACUUCUUGAGCUGAUGUUUGUUUGAGAUUAACACCAUCAUGUGCACGACGGUGUGACGCCAAUGUAAUAUUCUCAGAACUAAAAUGUGCAUCCCUUUUUUUAGAUUGACUUUAUAUUUUAUCUUCUUCGUUACAUGCGAAUCUUCAACGAUGAUUCAAUUAAUAAAUAGCUUAUGGCAAGAAAAAUCGCAGGAAUGUCAUGUUACGCGCUUAUCGGAGCCAGAUGUUAAUCGGUGUGAUUUUUCAUAUUUCAAAUGUGGCUCGCUAUAUCAGACACUGUACCUACAUGAUUUAAAGAGAUUAUUAUCAACAACUAAGAAUAUAUCACUAAAUCUAAGAUUCUGAGCUUCUGAUACUUUAUGUUUUGACGUAAGAAAUGUUAUCGAGGUGACCUGAUCGAAUUUAUAAUUAAUUUAAUAAGAAAAUAUUGAAGCGAUUCCAAUAAUCCCUGGAUAAUCAUUAUCAUUACAGUAAACAUGAUUACACUUGUUACAUAAUAACAGUAAUAGACAAUACGUUAGCUGGACAAUGGAUUACGAAAAUACAGUUUCGGACACUUUACAAUUAUAUCUAAAGUUCUAAUGAACGAGUAAAUGUUGAUGUCAGUCAUUUCAGAGUUAUUCUUAAUUACAAAAUAAUUAUACGUCGUACAAAUACUAGGCAGCAUAUCGUGAUGUUAAGAGGUAUAAAAGAGUCUGACCAAAUUUUAUGAACACAUCGAGCUACCGACCGAUAUAUAUAUAUAUAUAUAUACAUAUAAUGAAAAUAAAUAAGGGA